AUGAGGGACAGGAACGAAGAAUCAACGAGCGGAACGAUAGGGGUAUCUGAGGUCGACGGACCACGCUAUGCCGCGGAGAACAGCAUUAUCAUCCCCAAGGCACUCAAUCGAAGUCGUUCGCCCUUGCUCUUGGACGAUGCGCUUUCCAGUACACCUGUGGAGGUAAAUUCAAGCGAUUUUGGUGGGGUAAACGCCGUCAGUUGGAUCAGUGAUGCUGCUGCCAGUGAUGGUUCCCAUGUUAUGUAUCGCGAAAUGGACCCCUACAAUUACGCUUCCGUGGCUAACAGCCUUAUCCCAUCGCCAACUCUUUCUUCGGCUGAUUCUGGUGAGCCCACUCGGGAAGGUUCGUGGGUUGCUGUAACAAGAUUGGCGAAUUCGAAGAAUCACACAGUUACCACAACAAUGUUCAAGUCAGGUUCAGAUCAGCCAGAUUCAAACCAGCUUCUUUCGCAAAAGACUGGGACCACUGUCUCACACUGUGAUGAGGAAGUGGACGGGCUAGAACUUGCUCGGUUGGCCCGAAAUCUUUGGCCCAACAGAAAAUCUGGCCGACGGUCCACAGGUGUGGUUGUCCUCCCAGACGUUAAACCCAACCGUUCCUCCAAUCUGGCCCCUAGUCUUGAGUCCAAUGCGAAACGGCCCUCAUCCGCAGCCAUGCGACCACAAGAUUUGAACAUACGACCAGCUGUGCGACAACCAGGACAGUUGUUCAAAAUGGAAGAUCCAUUACAACCGAAUGUAUGGCGUUCGGAUACCGAAUCCCCGAUGGAGCUGGAUUGGGAUCACGAACCGGGUACCGUGUCACCACAACGCAAGAAAAUUAACCCGACUCGUCCUGUACCAGCUGUAGUGAGCAACACGAAUGGGCGAAAUGGUCGACGGGCUGAAGAGGACGGAUUCACCGAAGUCAGUUUAUUCCCAGUCCGACCGAGACGGCAUCCCCGUGCGGCAGUUAACCUUCCAAUUCAACCUACUGAAGUUGAGUCGGGUAGGGACGACGGUUCAGCCAAGAUCCCCGUACGGUCCAAGCGGUGGUCAUGUUCCGAUAAACUCCUUUCCACAACCAGUAUUCAUCGAAUGCAUCCCACAGUGCCUGCGCAAACUGCAAUACCAUGUUCCAACCUGUUCACCUCACCAACAGACGACGAGACUCUCACCGGACCUAAUCCGCCAUCAGACGACCUGUUCGAUUCCGGGUUCGCCGGCUUGAGCCAAAGUUUCGCCGAUGCAGACUCCGAUGGUUGUGGUAUUGGGAGUGCCGGCGGAGGCCGACUAACUGACUUCCUCUGGGAGCAUGAGAUGUUCGAAGAUACCGGAUUCCCUUCACGAAAUCGUCUCCAUCACUAAAGCGCCUCUCCUCCCUCACUCGAAUUGGCGAAUCCCUAGGGAAUUCAGUGAACACUUUGAGUUUAUCAUUUAUCAUCUUUAUUGACUUUUUAAUCCUUGAAGCUGUUCCGAUGCAUUUAUGACCUUGAUUUUUCAUGAUCCUGCAUUUACGCUGUUGUAUACUCUGCCAGUACCGAACCAUGUAUAUUGUGUAUGUAUUUCAAUAAUUUCUGCGAUUGUCCGAUAUCAUGCUUGUUUGUUGAGCCCGUUCCUUUCCCUUCGAUGGAACUUCACCGCGCCAACGAAAAUAUUUCCUUUAUUCAACUGUUGCUUAUCUUAUUUUUUGCAGCUUAGGAAUUUGCACACUGCCCUUCCAGUCGUCAUCUUGAUAAUCUUUAAUUUUAUUUCUGCAUGAUUUCAUUCUCAAAGAGAAGAGCUUAGAAGACAUUUUUCUUGACAGUGCACUACGCAUAUGGUGGACGAGAAUUCAUCUGGUGAACAGUUCUACAUUUCUUGGGGCUCAUCAAGUACGCACAGUCCCUUGGUUUUCGUCGACUGUGUGUAAUACUUGAACCAAGAACAGUCUAUCUGGAGGACCAAUGUUGUUGUAUGAUAGAACCUUCCAAAC